AUGGCGAAACUAGGUCUGUUAUAUCGGUGUGGUCUAUCAUAUAACUUAAAAAUGGAUAUAAUAAACAACAUAUCUGACAAAGAUGGCGAUUCUACUCGAGCUCUUGUUUUAGUAGAGGCUCCAUCUAUCUUGGAAGUUCCGAAACACAAUUUUGAAGGAAAUCUUAAGAAAAAGAGACGACGCGGGAAGACUAAACGUAAAAUAUCUAAACCUUUCUCCAAAAUGUCUUGGCAAGAAAGAAGAAAAGUUGAUAAUACUAAAAGAAAUAAUAGAUUCAGAAAAAUCGUACUAACUAAAACUCAAGCUCCUUUUAAUAACAAUCAAUUCCUGAUGGAAAUUCAUAAACCUGAGCCAGAAAAUAAUUUUCUACUAUACAGGACGCCUUCUGCUCGAACUCGGGAUUCAAGUUUCAGCAUCGAUUCAGAAGAUAAUUACUUCCAUUCUCUACCAGAAGACGAAGAAGAAUACCUGACAAAAGAAUUUUCAAGUGUUUAUGAGGAUGCCCAAUGUGAAAGAUUGUCUAAUAUGUCCAAAAAUGAACUCAUACAAGAAUAUCUAUUGUUAGAAGCUAAAUACGAUAAUCUUGUAAAAAGAAAUGAACGUUUUAAAUUGAAAGAUAGUGAGGAUGAACAGGACACCACAGUUACUGACAAAGAAGUUACCACAGACAAGGACAGCAUGUUGACUGACAGAGACACUUCCGGAGCCUCUGCCGCUUCAGGAUCCAUAGACGAACCUUCUAUGAUAGAUAUAUUGCAGCAGUUGAAGGAACAAUCAGCACAGAUUCAUGAACUUCAGAUGGCCAAUGAGAAAUUGUUGCUUGAAAAUAAAAAUUUAAGACAAAGGAAUCAAGGCUCCAGUGAAGAUUCGGAGAGCGAUAGUUCAUCUACAUCCGACACAUGCAGCAGUUCAAGUUGCAGUUCAACACCGGAACAUCAGCCAGAAGUUAUACAAAAUGGGAAUAUAGAGAAUCAAAUUCUCGUCAACGGCAACCAUAAUUCCGUUACCAGCCCUCAAUCUACACCUAUGGUCAAUGGAUUCCACAGUCCACAUGAAUAA